UUGUAGUGUCAGUGUCAGUCAGUGUCCGUCAGCAGUUGUCAGUGGUUGUUGGUGUUUCUGCUCUUUGCGUGUGCCCUUUCUUUUCAACCACUCAACCACGUGGUGCAGAGGUGUGACGAACAACGAAAACACUAAAGGUUCCAUUGAAAUGAGAGUUACUCUUAUCAGUGUCAGCGUGUGCUGUGCGGUCACUGCCCUUGCCGUGUCAAUAAAACGCUACUUUGGCGGGGCUAAGUGCAAAUGUAGGGCACGGCUAGAUUGCAAAGCAGUAGUCAUUACUGGAGCUACAAGUGGAAUCGGCAAAGCUUUAGCGUACGAGGUGGCGAAGAGAGGCGCACAAGUGAUUUUGGGUUGUCGAAAUAUUGAUGCUGCUUGGGAUGUAGCUAAUGAAAUCGCCUUUAAGACGGGGAAUGAAGGAGUGUACGCUUUGGACCUUGACCUUACAGACUUCAAAAGCAUUCGAGAAUUUUGCAAAGAAUUGGCAGAAUGCGAGCAUGAAAUUUACGCUCUCGUUAACAAUGCUGCAGUAUUUUACCAUCCUAGGGAAUUGACGACUGAUAACUAUGAUGUGACGUUUCAAACAAACUACUUAGGGCCAUUCUAUAUGACAAUGACAUUGCUCCCCAAAAUGGCAAAGAAUGGCAGAAUCAUCAACGUCUCCUCAGAGGCGCACAAAUUCUGCAAUGACUUGGACUUACCUGAGGAGGCCAACUUGCUUGAUGUUUAUGGCCAUUCCAAAGCGUGCUUGAACCUCUUCACAUUAGAGCUGGCUUCAACUCAAAAGGAUGUGGUCUCAGUAUCUGUGAACCCUGGGAAUGUGGCGACAAAUAUCUUCAGAAACUACCCUCUGCUUACCAAUCCAAUUUUCAAGUUUCUCUUAUGGCCCAUCAGGUUUUUUGUGGUGAAAACCCCAACGCAGGGCGCGCAAAGCGUUCUACAUUCCAUUUUAUGCCCUCAAAUCAGAAAUGGCUGCUACAUCAGUGAGUGUCGUGAGGGUGAUCCAAGUGAGUUUUGUCAACGUCGCGACUAUGCUGCAAGUCUUUGGUCCAGAAGUCUGAAGUGGACAAAUUUAAAAGAGCCACUGCUGCAGAAAUAGAUCUCAUGGGAACAUCAAAGAAAUGUAAUGUUACAUGCGGUGCGAACAAUUUUAGUCAUAAGCACAAUGCCUUACAGCACCUGAACCUUAACUGAUGCCAGUAAUUCCAUCCAAAGACUAUCAAGUAUAUUUUCUAGAAAAGGAUUGAAAUAAAGAAGCUUUAAUUUAA